UUGGUAUUAAUUGAGUCGCCAUUGAAGAACACGAUGAUGUUUCUGGAGGGUUUUCUUCGAUUCCCAGGGUUUGUUGAAUUGAUUCGGUCCGUUUGCUUUUACCUUUUCGAUUUCUGGGGUUUUAGAUCGGAGGCGAUGAAUUGGAUGAAAGAGAGGAGUUGAGAGUAAAAUUCAACCUGUUACACCAAUACCUAAAUUCAGGUUGGUGAAGUUCCAGGGAGUUCGGUUAAAGAAUGGAGUAAUAGUAAGACUCAACUGUUGGCUGAAGAGGUCUUCUUCUUCCAGUAAUAAUCCAGCUUUGCUUAAGAUAUGCGUACCACAUAAAGGAGGUGAUGCAGACCUGAAUGCGGAUGCCGUUUUCCAGCUGCUUGAACGCUGAUGAUAUCAUCGGUUUUCUCCUCCAGAAGACGCGAUAAAUCUAGUUCGAUGGGUGUACAUCCAGAGUCUGGGAGUUCCAAUGUUCCUGUUGUAGAAAGAGAUCCAAUGAAGCUCUGGAAAGGAAUGAAACAGCACGGGAGGAACUUGGAUGCUGUGAACACCGAUGCCUCCAGAUCUGAUUCUUACCCAAGGAUUUUCAAGUAUUCCAUGCCAGACUGUAACUACUCUAUGCACUACUACGAUGAGAACAAUAGAGUUUGCUCGGAUGGUGAGUUCAGUGAUGAAAACAAUACAUUUGUGUCGAGGUUUCAGGCGGCAGAUUACUUCUCAGAAAAUGCCAGUUCCUCGUCGAGGAGGAUGCAUCAGAUCUUUACAGUGCUAGUCUUCUCACUGUUAAAGUUCCCGAUGAGAUCCAGUGAACUAAGUGCUUUAUUUUGUGGCAUUGACAACGCAUUUCAAGUAUAUACUAGCCAUGUCAUAGAGGAGCUAGUACAGCUAGCAAGGAUGAUUUGGUUCCACCUGAACCUGUCCUUACUCGUUACAAGAAGGAUACAGCAAUCAGGUUUUUUUAUUGCUAGGAAGGAACUACUCGAGUCAAAACAGCCUGAUGAGAGAAGGUCGAUUAACAAUGCUGUUCCUGCAACCACUAAGCUUUGCGUUCAGCUCAAUACUUUACAUGGAUGGGUUGCUUCGUGUACUAUUUUAGACGGAGGGCCGUCACGUGUGUUCGAAGCUGUUAGAAGAAGAUGUAGAGGUCUUUAAAGGUAACUCUUUUUUUAACGGUCAUCUUAUACCUUUACCGCCCGAAAUGCCUGUGUCGUAAAAGCUCAUAUGAUUACUGGUGUUACUAGGAAUUCUUUAUUUCUGGUGGGGAUGGACUUCCGAGAGGAGUGGUUGUCAUGUCACAAAAAAUAGAACACCUUAGAAUUU